UUUGGGGCUGCCCAGCGCUGUCCGGGGAAGUUUAUAAAAUCCUUCAAAUGUCUGCGGUUUUUGUAUGGAAGUUUCGAGUUUGUGUCAUGGGGACUUACCGAGUCAAAAGUGUGUAAAAGACAUUGGAUCCCACCCAAAAAAACUCUCAAAAUUACUGGUAGUUGUAUCUUCUUGUUGGGGGUUCAGAAUACGGUCACCCUAUUCACUGUGAUAUCUUUUUCUUUAAAAAUAAGCACAAAAACAACAAAUUGAAUAUGUAAAACGGUGCAAAAAUAUCACCAGAUUGAGUCAUUUCCAAAGCUGAUUCAAUUCAGACCAAUCCAAAUUGGCUUGAAGGGACUGUGUGUUUAUUAAGCGAUAUCUAAUGAACCAAUUUAGGAUUGAAAAACUCCUUUACUCUACCCUGCUGCUGGUGAAGCAAAGGUGGUUUCAAGGACUAGAAGCUCUUGUAAUCCAUGAUAAAUAUGCAAACAUUUUUUCAGUGCGUUUUGCAUUUCCACUCAUGAAAUACAAAAACAGUUGUGUCACUAUUUUGUCCAUCAUGAGCCACUGUAGAGACAUGGCGGCGCAAGAUGGUGACAGUGGACCUGCUCAUAUGUAAAUAUAGAUGUAGAUGUUUUGGUGUGCUAAUUGUGCGCACAUGUCCUCCAAAGUCAAGAAUGCAUUCGAUGGUCAGGUUACGCUUAAAUGCUAAAAUACUUCAGAUGACUUGGUACGCUGUAUAUUUUGAGUUUGAGCGGAUAAAUACAGUUUAAAUGUAAAGUUCUAAUCAUGUCUGUCACAUAGACUGUGCGAAACAUGGAUGUGGUCGUGUUGACAUCACUCACUGGUUUCAGAGGAAAUGCUGACUCAACAAGCUAACAUAGAGAUAAUCAAAGAGGUGGAGCUUAAGUGGGAGUUUGUUAUCCUGGCAAACAACCACAAUGUGCCCACCUGUAAGCUAACUACGCUGCAAAAAUUUAAGAUGUUUAGGGGACUGCACUGGCUUUUAGAGCCUCGAGUGGACACUCAUGGAACUGCAGCUCUUUGCUCUUCCCUGCUGGUGUUGUUUUUCAGCUUAGGUUUGCCGCUUGGUCUGUGAGCUGUCUGGCGCUGAAAAGAGCUUGAACUGUGUGGUUUGAGAGUUUUUUUUUAUUUGCUGAAAACAUCCGCCUUCUGCUUCGAGGCCACUGGAAGCAGUCAGAGAUGUGGGCUGUAAAAAGCAAAACAUCAAGCUGAAAACGAAACACUGCGGACUGAGAGAAGCUCUGUAAACUGGAGGGACGGUGGAGCGUUUGGUGAUAUUACGGUUCUUUUCAAUUCACUCUUAAAAGUUAUGGUGAUUAAUUGUUGAUGGAUAAAUAUGGAAGCUUUGAAUCCGCCGCCGGCAGGGUGGGGUGAUGUUUCUAAUAGAAGAUAUGAGCGAGUAUUUUGCUCUCAGCUCGCUCUGAAUGACGGCAAAAGCCUCAGACAAUCAUCCCGUCCUGAAUGUGUGCGAGGAGGCGAGAGGCCGAGACAGAGAGAGAGCUGUCAGCCACUCUGGCUAACCAUCUAAUAGGUUGCCAUACUGAACUGACAUUUGAAGGCUACGGGAGCAUUAGUCCCGAAAUGAAAAAGAGAGACGAGAGCGAGAGAGGGAGAGAGAGAAGACAAGGGGAGAGAGAUCGGAUAUGCAGCGAGCGUGCUGCGGAGUCGGCAGCCGUUAUCAAUGCAUCUGUCUAUCCAUCCGCACCACACGGCCUCAUCUCCUCUAUGAUCUCCACCCACCCCAGUCCACCGCCUCCUCGCGCCAUCCCUCACCCUCUCUGUCUCUCGCCCGGAGAGAGAAGAGAGGGGAAGGACAGAGAUGAAAGAAGGAAGAAGAAAUACAGUCGUGGGCGAGCCGGGGAGGACUGAGUGAGCGCAUGAGAGGAAGAGAGCAAAGGAAUAAGAGCCAAGGACAGAGAGAGAGAGAGGCUCAGAUGUUUAAUUUACAGUCUUUCCUGGAGCACACACAUGCAGAAGAUGAGUGAAAGAUGACGACAAGAAAGCAGGAAAGUGGCAGAAAAGAUGCAGAGAGACAGAGACGUGCACAGACACGUACAGGAUUGAGCACAGACAGAAAAGGCGGGCCUCCUCUCAUGCUGUUUCCUCGGACAGCAGCUUCUGAGACACUUUCAGCACAAAAGACUCAAACCCUCACCGUCUCUUCACCCUCAUUUAUCUUUAGUCAUCUGUCAGUCACUCUUUUGAGUCCCUCUUUUUUUUUUUUUAAGUUGCAGCAGAACUGAAGUGAAACCGCAGUCCUGUGAGGCUGCACGACUUCUGCAGAUGUAUCCAAGGCCGUCAGUAGUUCACGUAUGGAGUCACUCUGCAGGCAUGUGACAUUCAAGGCUUUGAGCGUCAAUUACACAAUGAUAUAUUGUAUAAUACUGCUCUGUUGUUAUAUCAUAGCAUGCAUUGGUUAGUAUGAUUCAUGCCCCUACCAAUAUAAGUGCCUAUUUGUAUUUCUGGUAAGUGUUGACAAAUACCAACUUAGUUUGCCGACUUUUGUCUGCACUUCGUACUUUUCCCUGUGCAAAGGUGAGUUAGAUUAGUUUCUCUUUCACACUGGAAUACAGCAAAAAUAAUCUCAAACAUCACUGAGCCUGUUGGUCAGGAACUUAACUACAGCAGUGUCUCAUUAAUUUGGGCCUACACUUCGCUCUGACAUCCCAGAUCCAUCCCCUGGUCCAUGCUGAUACCAUCAACAGAGACAGGUGGCACUGAGAGCCUUCAUCACUUGGUUUAUUACCCCUUUUUUUCACCGUCCGCUGAUUCCUACCGGAUCACAAGAAGAUCACAAGAACCCACGGAUUCACAAGCAAUCGCACGAUAACGAGUUGUCUCUAUAAAGACAGCCACAUAACCACAUAAGCUUGUGUCCUUCCAGAGGAGGAGAUCUACUUCUGGACUUCUAGAAUCAACAUCUCCUCAUCCAUGGUGUCAACGGGGUGAAAUGGCGUCUGAAAGCCGGAUGUUUUAUUUUGUGUCUGUGCCCGACUUCCUUUCCAGCACGGGUUAAUCUUUGCUGAAUUUAUACGGCAUGCUGUGGCGUCUUGAAAAAGCAGAACCCUGGCGAUCUGCUACAAAGUCCGCUGAACGCAGGGGGCCGGUAAGAAGCCGGUGGAAAUUGACACAUUAACUUGAAAGAAACGAUCAGCUGCGAUCGGUGCCUACGACCUUUUCGAAAUUGGGGGUUAGACUUCAGUAUCAUGGGCCUAACUUGACAAACACCAGAGAAGUUACGCUGCCACGUCCUCAUUUGUAGAAAUAAUCGAAGUCUGUCUGAACAUUUGGUGUCGCUGUACAUUUUUCUGGUGGUGGUAGAAGAAAGACACCAAAAGCUGCUCUCACAAGAAAGUAUCUUACGUGGACUCGACUCAUGGGCGUCUUGUUUGGACCUCAUGCAUGUGCUGAUAGCCUCCAAGUUAUCCAAGUAUAACAGUAAACUGAAAGAGUUUUCUUGUCAGAAACUAAAUCAGGAAAACGUCUCAAGUAUUGACACAGGAAUGAACUGCCAAUCACGAGACCGUUUCCUUGGCAGACUCUUAAAACAUGCAUGCCUGGCUGCUGAAUGAAUAUACUUAUGCAUAUUUUAAAGGCCAUUAACAGAUGAGGGAAGCUGGAACAGCAUGCAAAUAAGCUGAAUAUGAUUGACACAGAAAUGAACGACCAUGGCUUGAUCGAGUUGGAAAGCCGGUGUGUGUUUGUGUGCGCAAGAUACCACCUGCCAUUUGGGCUGUAAUUAAUUGUCAAUGAUCAUCUUAGGAAGUGCGCGCAGACCUUCAGACAAACUCUAAUUUCUUUUUUACCUGCCUGCCCAGGGCUUUAAUAAUUGGUCUCACACACACACAGACACACACAUGUCUGCAGAUGUGAGAGGGGAUGGACCGGGAGUCAUUUUGAUAAUUAGCUCUGCAGUGUGCAUGCGUGUUUGUGUGUGUCACUCAUUUCUUUGGUUUCACGCGUGUGUCUGGAACUAUCAUGGGCAGAGGCAGAAAGUUCAGCGUUGAUUUUGUACCUGUGUGAGUGUCGUACACGGCGCCCGUGCGAGUGUGUGCGGGGAGGUGAUAAGCACCUGAGCCCUGAGGCAGCCUUCAGAUUUCCCCUCACGUCCUCACUGAAAUCAGCCCAAUCACUGCACUGUCAUCUGCCUGCCACCAGAGAGAGGCCUGCACCGAAUACUGACAAGCUCAUUUGCCUAGCAGUGUGCAUGCACGCUCUCAAACCUACAUGCACAUGCACGGGCGCAAGAACUCACUCAUACAUGCCCACGAGGCUCUCCACUUCCUCCCAAAAUUGAGCUCAAACGAAACC